ACAGCGAACAGCUGUGUUUGGAGUUUUUAAAGUUUAAUUAGGUACUCUUUCUCGUUUAUUAUACAUUUAAAAAGUAAUCCAAAGACAAUGCAAUCAAUGCUGUGAUCUCCUAUGGGUUGUGAUACUACCGAAUUUCAGGUAUUUAAUAUUUUUCCUCAAAGGUUAAGAAUGAAAUGAUAAUCCAUUGACCCCACUGCAAAUCAUUGCAUCGAUAUUAUCGGGAAGGAUUAGAACAAUGACUGUAAGUACAGAUAAAAUGGCUUCAGGUGCUACAACAGAAAGCACUCCUCCAACUCAAGGUUCUGGAACAACUAACCAAGGACAUUGCAAAGGACACAGGAGGCAAGAGUCGAUGUAUGCAAUGACGGGUUUAUAUUCAGAAAGUAUACCGGAAGAGCAAUCUGAAUCUGGAUCAGCAGGUGAAGUUGGAUUAAACAAGUGCAAUACAAGUUUCUGUCACGGAGGUGACACAAUCAUUAAAUGCCACAGUAGAAACCCAUCGGCUAGUUUUGAUCGCGACCGGGCUGCUCAUUCAGGUGGCACAUUAAGUCGUUCUAGCGAGCCACCUUUAAUAUUACGAGAAACGAAGGAUUGCGGAAUUUUAGGGUUUAGACCAACAUGCAUACAACACUUGGCUGGUAUCAAGAUUUUCGUUAUGUUAUUGUCUUUCCUUGUAACCUUGCAACAAGCUCUAAGUUCGGGCUAUAUUAAUUCUGUGAUAACGACUAUUGAAAAACGGUUUGAAAUACCGUCAAGCCUGUCAGGUCUUGUAGCGUCUUCUUAUGAAAUAGGAAACGUGAUAACGGUCAUAUUUGUAAGUUAUCUGGGCAGCCGUAGACAUAUUCCCAUCUGGAUCGGGGUGGGGGCUGUUAUAAUGGGAAUUGGAUCUUUGAUUUUUAUGGUACCCCAUUUUAUUGCUGAGGAGCAUGUUGGAUCAACUGUGGUUAAUGAUACCGAAGAAAACGUGUGUCGAAUAAUAACGGUACAUGAAGAUAUGAGCUUGGGGAGACUAUCAUCUGGUUUGUCUUCUCCACCUUUGGCACCCAACAACUUGAGGGGCGACAACUGUAUCCGUGGUUCUCCCUCCACUACCGGACCGGUGCUGCUGUUUGUACUGGCACAACUACUUUUGGGUUGCGGGGGCUCUCCCCUUUUCACUUUGGGUACCACCUACAUCGAUGAUCAUGUGCGACCCGAAAGUGCGUCUAUUUAUAUAGGCUGCAUGUACAGCAUGGCGGCAUUCGGUCCUGUCCUCGGAUUUCUUCUGGGAGCAUACUUAUUAUCUUUCCAUAUGGAUUCAUUGUCUAAGAUAAUAUCGAUUAGCGUCGGUGAUAGCAGAUGGGUGGGGAUGUGGUGGGGUGGUUUUUUUCUAGCUGGUUUUCUGUUGAUAAUAGUUUCCCUUCCCUUCUUCUCCUUCCCCAAAGUUCUUGUUCACGAAAAGGAAAAAAUAAAACUGGCAGAGAAGCGCCAGCUGCCCAGUAAGGGGCCAAGCGGCAGUGCGAAAGAGCACAGGGACAAAUGUGGAGUAAAAGAUGACACCUCAUAUGGUCAAGACAUAAAGGAUAUUCCAAGGUCAAUGUGGAGGCUGGCAACAAAUCCGGUUUAUAUAAUCACUUGCUUGGGGGCGUGUAUGGAGCUCAUCAUAGUAUCAGGAUUUGUAGUUUUCUUACCCAAAUAUCUAGAAACUCAAUUCAGUUUGGGUAAAAGUCAGGCCAGUGUUUUUACAGGAUCCAUCGCCAUCCCGGGCGCGUGCAUUGGUAUAUUUAUGGGCGGGCUGGUACUUAAAAAAAUGGAACUGAGACCGAAAGGUGCGGUACAGUUUGUACUCAUUUCAAAUACGAUUUGUCUAAUAUGCUACGGACUGCUGUUCCUGUUGGGCUGUGACAAUCUAAAAAUGGCGGGAACAACAAUUCCAUACUUUACCAGUAGUCAACCUUUUCAAGUCAAUUUGACGUCGUCCUGCAAUUUCGGCUGCGAGUGCACUACGAACGACGUCGAACCUGUCUGUGGCAAUAACGGACUGACAUAUUUUAGUCCUUGCCAUGCCGGUUGCACGUCCAUAUUGAGCUCCAACUACACCAAUUGUGCCUGUAUACAUGGGAACAUCACUCUAAGAAAUAGUUCUUCCAUUAAUUUCGCUCCGCCCGAGAGCGACUACUCAGAAGUGACUAUAGUGCCUGUAGCUACGGCAGGACCAUGCAAUUCCCAAUGCCAUACUAUAUAUCCGUUUUUGAUAUUGUUAUUUUUUAUGACAUUUAUUGUGGCAAUCACGCAGAUGCCUUUACUGAUGAUAGUCUUAAGGUCCGUCAGCGAGGAAGAAAGAUCUUUUGCGCUGGGUAUGCAGUUCGUCAUAUUCAGAUUAUUCGGCUACAUUCCGGCCCCGAUUCUUUUCGGUAAUUUAAUCGAUUCCACGUGCCUUUUAUGGAAAAGCACCUGCGGAGGAUCGAAAGGAGGACGAUGCCUCCUGUAUGAUAUCGAGCAGUUUCGAUAUCGAUAUGUCGGAUUGUGCGCCGCCAUCAAAAUUUUGGCAUUGGGAAUAUUUUUAACAGAUUGGUGGCUGGUGUGCAAAAGGAAGCAAUUGGACGAAGAAAAUGUUAUGUCUGCGAGUGAAAUUGUCGGUUCCAUUAUAAGUUUGGAUAAACUAUUCGCCGAGGGGCCCCAGAGUAGGGGCCACUCUCGCAAUCCUAGUUCCGCGACGACUCACAAUUUUGUCGAUCCCGCGUCUCCUAACGCUCCGCAAAGGCUUAAAGAAUCUCCGGAAACUAAAAAAGAAGCGUGCACUCAACAGGCGAAUGGCGAAGAGGAUCAAGAAAAAACGGAAAAUCUUUAGCAAAAAUUUGUCGAUAUGAUUUUAAUGAAACCCCUAUUGUAAUUUUACUCAAGU